AUGGAGACACCGAGGACUAAAAGGAUGAGGCACUGCAGCAACAGCAACAGAAACGUGAUGGACCUGGACAACGAUAACCUGGUCGACAUUUUCUCUAGACUGCCGGCGGAAUCAGUUUGUUCCGUGGGAUGUGUCUCGAAAGCCUUGCACAACAUAGUCAGCCGCCCCUCGUUUCUUAACCAGCACAUGAGUUCUCUUGUUACUACCAACGCUGCUGCUGAAGUACCUCAACUUGUAAUUGUUUCUCAGUCCAAAAAAAAGUACAUGGCGGAGCUAAUUGCCAUGCAAUCAUUUGAAUACGAUGGCAAUACUUUGGAAAUGAGAAGAGAUAAGACGAGGAUUGUCUCAAAGAUCAUGUCUUGGUGGUACGAAUAUUUUUUCAAUGUACAUUUUGUUUUCUGCAACUUGAUUUGCUUGAAAGACAGACACACUGGAAGCCGGUGCGUGUUGUUAAAUCCGUUGAAGGGCGAAGCUGUGAUGCUCCCGACUUGUAUCGUCCAAGUUCCGGAACAUCUAAAAACAACAGUAUUCUCUUAUUAUUGGUUUGGUAUGGGAUUUGACAACACGACUAGUACACACAAAGUUGUUCAGGUUUGUGCGGAUUCGGAGUACAACUAUUGUGUUGCUCAUGUUUAUGUGUUGGGCACAAGAUCAUGGAGAGAGAUCUGCUCGGUUCCUCCCUGUGAUUUAACGGUCAAGAAUUUAUCAGCAUAUGGCGAUAUGCACUGGUUAAUUCGUCGCGCAACAACUGGAAGAGCUCAAGCAAAUAUUCGCCACUGCAUGAGUAUACUGUCUUUCGAUUUCAAGAAAGAGGAGUUCGGUUGGAAUAUUCCUGAUCCCCCCUUAAGAAACAUGCCGCGUAAGUUCCACUCUGUCCAGCGCUUUCACUUGAUUAAUCUGAGAGGAUCUUUGUCCGUCGUUGAUGCUUCAUCAGAUAAAUACCUUGACAUAUGGAUGUUGAAAAACUAUGAUGAAAAAGAGUGGGUCUUAGGUCACAGAAUAGAAGCCAGAAUGAUUAAUGCAGAAUGUCGGUAUAGAAGUUAUAGGCUUUGGACUUGUUACGAAUGGGGGCAUGGGAUAUUUUUCAAACGUUCGAGAAAGAGCAACAGCACUGUAGUCCUUUUGGAUCUAAGAACUGUUUGCAUACAUCGAGUAAAAUGUCCGAUAUACCAAAAGGGGUUGUAUACAAGCAUCUUUAGUUAUACCAGUAGCUUGAUUUCCCUGAAAAGUUAUGGGAAUUUGAUUCCGCUAAAACGUUAUGGGAAGCCAACUGAAGCAGAAGAAAGUCGUCGCAGUGGUUCCCUUAUGAACAUUUGGCAUUUAUGUAACUGA